AGAUGGAGUGAGGCUCAUCACAUUAGCCCUCUUUUUUGCAUUGAGUCGUCACGGGGAGGAGUCAGAGGGUGAGUAAAGGACACAGAGUGGGCGGGGCCAACAGAGGAGACAGAGUGAGGAGGAGAGAGGCAUCGUCUCACUGAUGCUGAGUCACAUAGCAGAUAGAUCUCUGCUACAUCCCAUGAAUCUGAGGAAUAAUGGAGGAGCUUGAACACACCUGCCCUCAUCCCCGAACGACUCUCAUCGAGCCUGCCAUUUUUGCCAGGGAGACCAGCUGCGACUGUCGAGCACCUCACGAAAAGCUCACCAUUGAGCAGGCCCGCAGAGGCACCCCAGUUGACCGGCCUGUCAGAGUCUAUGCAGAUGGCAUCUUUGACCUGUUCCACUCUGGACAUGCUCGCGCUCUCAUGCAGGCCAAGAACCUUUUCCCCAACACCUACCUGCUAGUCGGAGUUUGCAGCGAUGAGCUGACUCACAAAUACAAAGGCUUCACGGUCAUGACGGAGCAGGAACGGUAUGAAGCGCUGAGACAUUGCCGCUAUGUUGAUGAAGUUUUGAGAGACGCGCCAUGGACUCUUACACCAAAGUUUCUGGAUAAGCACAAGAUUGACUUUGUGGCUCAUGAUGACAUCCCAUAUUCCUCAGCAGGAAGUGAGGAUGUCUAUAAACACAUCAAAGAGGCAGGGAUGUUUGUGCCCACACAAAGAACGGAGGGAAUCUCAACUUCUGACAUAAUCACUCGAAUUGUUCGAGACUAUGAUGUCUACGCCCGCCGCAAUCUUCAGCGUGGUUACACAGCUAAGGAGCUUAAUGUCAGCUACAUCAACGAGAAGAAGUACCGGCUACAGAACCAAGUAGACCGCAUGAAAGAAAAAGUUCGCACAGUUGAGGAAAAGAGCAAACAUUUUGUUUGCCGCGUGGAGGAGAAAAGUCACGACCUGAUUCAGAAAUGGGAGGAGAAAUCUAGAGAAUUCAUUGGCAACUUCCUAGAACUUUUUGGACCUGAUGGGACAUGGAAACAAGUGCUUCAGGAACGCAGCGGCCGUAUGCUGUCCUACGCUCUGUCCCCUAGAGAGUCGCCCUGCAACAGUCCUCCCCGUGAACUGUCCCCCCUGCGAUCUCCCUCACCUCCGUCCCCCCCGGCUCGCUGGCACAACGCACGGCCUUCGCCCCCCACCUCCCCUAAAGGAGCAUCCGCCUCCAUGAGCAGCAUGAGUGAAGGCGAUGAGGAUGAGAACUAGACUGGCUUCCCAAAUGCAUCCUGACACACAUUUUCACUCCCAGCACACUGCCUGGAAAUUCCUCACAAAAAAAACAAAAAAACAACUACACACGGAGACUUGCUGGAAACUGUAAUAAUAAAAGAGCUUCAGUCUUUCUGAACAGGUGACCAACGAUAGAGGAAAUGUUGUUUUUGAGCUGCAGGGUACAAAGCCAUCAAUGUCUCUGAUGUCUGGACAACCAAGCAGAGGAAGAGGAGAUUGGGAGGAAGAGGAAAUUUGACCUAUGAACCCAGAAUCUCAUAGACGACUAUAAAUCCCUUGCAAUAUAUUUAAGGGGGGUUUGCCUUGGACUGUCCAGCACUGACCGAGACUCUCAAAAGUCCUGCUUAGUACAUCACUGCAUUUUUUUUUGUCUUUUUGUGUCAAUUCAUUUCAAGAUGUUGUUUAUUUAUUAAAUACUACAUGUGGAAUAGAUAGAAAGUUACAGAAAAGCGUUGUCUGCAUUUUUUUAAUAAGAAAGAAAAAUCACCUACGCUUUUUAAUAAGAUUGUUACUCCAUUAUUUAACUCAAACCUGUGUAAAAACGUUUAGAAUAAUUUUCUUUGUAUAAACAUACCAAAACCAAAAGGGAAAAUUAAAAGUUCACUAUGUCUUCUUAGAAAUCCCAAUGUGGAAAAAAAUUGCAUGCAGAGCUUUGAGCAUAUUGUAAAACUUACAUUACUAAAUUUUUCAAGUAACAAGAAAAAAAUACUAUAAUAUAAUAAAACUGUGCUCUACAUGCUUUUUUUCAGACCUGGAAGUGGCGGUAAAAACCAAAACCAAAUUCUUUUGUGUUCUUGAAUGUAAAAAAUAAAACUGGACAGUAAAAGUUAUCUUUAUCCGAGGUCAAAUAGUAAAUAUCGUCAGCUGCAGCAACCAAUAAAACCUGCUGCUUUUCAUCUGUCAAACUGACGCAGAUGACUUCUUACCCUGACGUCUACUGUUAACGAAAACACGACAAGUCUGCCUACUUGAAUUUAAAAAAAAAUACCUAAGAUAGUCAGAGAAAUGUUUGUCCUGUUUCCUUUUUUAAAUAAAACAUGCAAAUUGUUUUUGCUCAACUUUA